AUGGAUAUGACCUCAAACUUUUGUGAUUCAAAUCUGAUGCCGAAUUUUCCUUUUCCAGAUACAUUAUCAACAGCACAAUUAUCAUCACCGUCAAAUGAACCAGAUGUUGAUUGGACAGUGUUUGAAAAUGCUGAUCGUUAUCUUCUUCGAGAUGAUAAUGCAUGGAUAGCUCGCCUUGGUAAAGAAUUCUGGUGGAAUUUGGAGCGUAUGACAGAAAUGAUUGUAACUGAACAUACAACAAAUACCUUACAACAACAAGUUACAACUGGACAAUUGGCACAUACUAUGUAUAAUCGUCUUAACAAUACCAGUAAUAAUCCAAAAAAUAUUGUCAAUUUUAAUGCUAGUCAUGCACAACCAUCAUCUGCUUCCUAUACUAAUGGGGGGCAACCGCCUAUUUCUUCAUCACAGCAACAAGUAUCAUCGACAUCUCAACAAGUAGGGAAUUUAAAUGCCCUUCACUAUCAGCAACCGACACCACAAUUACAGCCUCCGUCCAGUGCUCAUUAUAACAAUCAACAUCAUUUUAAUAGUCAACAAUUGCCUAAUGCAACACAAUACAAUGGAGAUGGAAGUAAAACAAAUUUUCCACAACAAGCCCUAAUGAACAAUAAUAAUUUUAUGCCUAGAAAAAUUGUAGGUCAACGAAAUCAGUCUUCCAAUAACAGUAGUAUGAAUAGUAAUGCAACACCGAUCAAUAAUAAUAAUUAUCCUUCAUCUAAUUUAUUUAAUUCUGAUAUGAAUCAAUCAUCGAAUGGUACAGCCAUCUCACCACCACCACCAUUACAUUCAGGUUCCUCAUCGUCUUCAUCGUCGACAAUAUCGGCUUAUUCAGCGAUCACCAGACCUAAUGGUAGUAUAUCAGCUGUAUUUUCCAAUAAUACCAUUCCAGAUAAAAUGUUUAACGGUAAUAUAACCAACAAUAACAGUCUAUUUCAAGCAUUUGCUUCAACAUUCAAUGAUCAAUUACCAAUGGAUGGUUUUAGUUUUAAUCCAUUUAAAUCAAAUAUAUCAUUCGAUAAUAAUACAUGGCAACAACAACAACCAAUAACAAAUUGGCAAUAA